AUAGUAUUACAAUGGUAAUAGAAGAGCAAAUUUUUAUAUUUACUGUUUACUGAUUUAAAUAAUGAUGCUGCAAAUGGGUUUAGACAUUACAAAUUAUUUGAUCAUACGUGAUCGGGUAAAUUGUCCAGUGGUUAUCCAAUGGCCUGGAUUUGGUGAUUAAUUGAUUAUGAGACUAUCCAAUUGUGCCACUACAGUAAUGAUGGUUGUGAUUGUGUUUGUUCAGGAAAAAUCAACAUCUAAACAAGAUAUUGAAUCGUUAAUUUAUCCAACUGUUAACCCAAAAGACAAUCAGUCAUCAGACAAUCGAUCUGAUAUUGAUUAUGACUCUGAUAGCAAUGAUGAACCCGUGAAAAAACAGAUUAAUACUGGAUUAGGAUUGUUACCAAGAAGACGUAAUUCACUUUGUGUUUCUGAGUUUUUAUUUUGUGCCUCAUCUUUCUCGUGUUUAGAUGUUAUUUGUACAGACAAACUAAUUGAAGAGAUCGAUUCUUGCCAAUACGGGACAAUUUACUGUCCAGAAACCGAUGAAUGCCUUGUAAAUUGUCCUUCCACUAGUCCAGAGUCGAUACCGACUACAGAUGGGACAAUUAACUUUUUUGAUCUUAAUGGAACCGAUGUGAUUGACAACAUUCCAGCUGACAAUUUGCCUGAAGAUGAAUUUUAUGCAAACUCUACUGAUUUGGUGGUAACUAUUCCGAUUGUUUUGACCUUUAAAGAUGACUAUGAAACUGCUGUUGUUAAUCGUUCGAGACUCUUUAUCCAAUCUAUUAAACGUCAGUUGGUGAAAAAUCUAAAUCUUCCAGAGAGUUCGAUACAAAAUUUGGUUAUUUUGAAGAAUCCGUUUAAAAUAUCAUUCGAUCUAGUUUACUGGCCUGAACAAGAUGAUUUCAGCAACAUAACUUUGUCUUCAUUUCGAGAGACAGUAUCAAAGUUCCAAGAAAAAUUGCUUACCACUGGAAUUGAUUUUACUGGUUUGGAUAAUGAAACAAUUGUUGCAAUUAAAGAUGACAACAAAAAGGUACCUGAUGUUCAACAACCGCCAACAACAGUUCAAGGCAACCAAAAGACAGAAACAUCUUCUACAUCAAGUCCAGAAAAGUCUAAUGCUUCGGAAUUUAGUGAUGGUAGAAAUAAUUUGGCGAUAAUUUUAGGUCUAGUCGCUGGAGCUGUUUUGUUGAUUUUAAUUGUUAUCAUCGGUAUAAUUUAUAGAAAACGAACUAUUUAUAAUAGACGUCGAAAAAUUGCUCCUUUUUCACGAAUGAGUACAAGAAAAAACUUGGCUUCAUCUGCAAUCACAUUCAGAGGAAGUCAACGCAUACUUACUGGUAAUCGAGAUGACAUUUUAUCCGAAGCGGACUAUGAUGAUCAUGUAUCGUGGUUAAAAAAUAGGACAAACGAACCAAGUGAUGAGUACAUUACUCCUGAUCCAGCAAUUUAUGUGCCACCAGCUGAGGAAGAGAUAAAACGUACACCAAGACCAUCUACGCGAAUCAUAAGACACGAAUAGUUAUUGCAGCCAAAGCAAUUAUUUUAGAUUUAUUCAUCAUCAGUUAUCUCAUCGUCAUUCUCGAUAGCUAUGCACUUUUAGACGGAUGUUUCUUUUAUGUGGACCUAAAUUUACGUUAUUGGAAGAUUCAAAGACACUGGAAACUUCAGAGUUGAAAUUUUUUCAGCUCACGUAUUGAAAAAAAGAAAAGUUGCGUUAAAACAUCAAUAUUUAAAGUUAGAAUAACUAAUUUCAAGUACAAUAUUUUUAAUCAACAAGUGAGUCUGUUCGUUUUUUCGGAAAAACUGGAUAAAUGGUCGACAGAGAGGAAAACAAAGUUCUGGUAUACAAUUUAUCAACGUUAAGAGAUAUUGUUAUGAUUCAUAUUUUACGAUUUUAAGUUUUGUAUAUUUUUCGAGCAGAAUAGUGAAAGAAAGUGAAAUUGACAUAGACUUCGGAUUAUGACCAUACUUUAUAUCAAUCCUAAUUAAGCCUUUAGCCUUUUUCUCGAAGAAUGUUUAGGUGCGGGUGUUGUACAAAUUUACAAAUAUGUGUAUGUUUUGUACGUCUUCUUAGAAAGCGGAAAGAGAACUGAACGCUGAAGCGCUGAACUGUACUUACAGUAAAUGUUAGAGUAAAUACUUUACGAAAGAAAUUUCAGAAUUGUAAUACACAAUGUACUAUAGACAAAUUAUAAAUAUUCAUUCAAUCAUCAAAA